AUGCCGCUGUUUGCCGUUUUCCUUAGCAGAUUUGUCUUGAAAGAAAGCCAUAGUUACAAAGUUUAUCUGUCCUUACUGCCUAUAGUCGCUGGUGUGAUCAUAGCUUCGGCUACAGAAUUGUCGUUCUCGAUGAUUGGCAUGUUUUCAGCGCUCUUUUCCACGUGUACCUAUUCUUUUCUCAAUAUUUUAGUUAAAAAAUUAUUGAAAGAGUCUGAUAUACAUCCUAUUCGACUCUUAGCAAUGAACAGUCAGCUGGCAGCGCUGAUGGUUUUCCCAUUCUGGUUGUUCAACGACGCCUUUACCAUGGUUAGCAACUUCGGGUCCAUUGAAGCGAGUGCGCCUACGCCUGAUUUGUGGAUGCUUUGUCUUCUUGCGAUGACUGGCGUGCUGUCCUUCAUGCAGAGCGUCUGUGCCUUUUCUCUUAUUCACGAGUUGACAGCUCUUUCUUACGCUGUGUGCAACGCGACAAAACGAAUAACUGUCAUAGGAUCAUCGUUGGUCACCCUACAUAAUCCAGUCACAGGUGCGAUUGCUUUUUCUUCCCGCUGUCAACCUUACAAUUAUCUGUCAUUCGCGUAUGACAAGAGCCUAAUAGCUUUUUUCAUUGAAAACUAUACCUUUGAAUAA